CAUUAGUCCACUCCUCAAAUCUCUCUCUCCCACUCCCUUCUUUUUCUCCCCAAUCACCCAUUCCUUCCCUUUGUGUUUUAGUCUGUAGAACCAAAAGAAAGAAAACCCCACAAAGCAAAAACCACCACCGAAUUCCACCAACAACAACCGUUAACCAGUCCCUCCAAGAAACCAGAAGAUUCCCACAAAUAAAGCACCCAAAAGUUUCAUACACCCUCCUCUAGCCCCCAUCAUUGCUUCCAUUUCCUCAUCUCCAUCAACCAUUCAUUCAUGGAAAUCACAAGAAUAUAAGAAAAAGAUAGGAUUUUUUGGGUGUCUUUUGUUUCUUUUACCUAUCCCCCUUGCCCUAGUUUGCCCAGAAAUUUCAGGGAAAGUUUUUAGAUUGAGAGAAAGGGCAGAAGUGGGCGUUACCCAAAUCUCAAAGAUUGCGAAUAAUUAUAUAUGAUGUCCCAGAUGAAGCACAUUGACAACAUUCCAUCAACCCCUGGGAAGUUCAAGUACAAUAGGUCUAGGCUCCAUUCUUCCGUGGCCAAGCUCACUUUCUGGUCCUUUGUUUUUCUGGGGUUGAUUUAUUUUUUCUUCUUCAGAUCACCUUCUUCUUCUUCUUCUUCUUCUUCUUCAGAUCUCUCUAGGAGGUCUCUGAGGACCAGCUCCUACAGCGGCCCAGCUUGGGAGAAGAGGGUUAGGUCCUCUGCAAAGGUUAGGUCAAGAAAUGGCAUCUCUGUUUUGCUUACUGGGGCUGCUGGCUUCGUUGGCACCCACGUCUCAGCUGCCCUCAAGAGACGCGGAGAUGGCGUCUUGGGCCUUGAUAAUUUCAACGAUUACUAUGACCCUUCAUUGAAAAGAGCCCGCCAAGCCCUUCUAGAGCGCACAGGGGUGUACAUUGUGGAAGCCGACAUUAACGAUGUGGAGCUUUUGAAGAAGCUUUUCGAGAUUGUUCAGUUCACCCACGUAAUGCAUUUGGCCGCUCAAGCUGGGGUGCGGUAUGCUAUGGAAAAUCCCGGCUCCUAUGUACAUAGCAACAUUGCAGGAUUUGUUAGUCUUCUUGAGGUUUGCAAGGGUGUUAAUCCCCAGCCGGCUAUAGUCUGGGCUUCUUCUAGUUCUGUUUAUGGGUUGAACACUAAGGUCCCAUUCUCAGAGGAGGAUAGGACAGACCAGCCUGCUAGUCUCUAUGCUGCUACUAAGAAAGCUGGGGAGGAAAUUGCCCAUACUUAUAACCAUAUCUAUGGCCUUUCCUUAACUGGAUUAAGGUUUUUCACUGUUUAUGGACCCUGGGGGAGACCAGACAUGGCUUACUUCUUUUUCACUAGGGAUAUCUUGAAAGGGAAGUCAAUUCCCAUAUUUGAGGCCCCGGAUCACGGGACUGUUGCAAGGGAUUUCACCUACAUUGAUGACAUAGUGAAGGGGUGUUUGGGGGCAUUGGAUACUGCUGAGAAGAGUACUGGUAGUGGUGGGAAGAAGAAGGGGCCUGCUCAGUUGCGGGUGUUUAAUCUGGGGAAUAAGUCCCCCGUGCCCGUUUCUGAUCUUGUGAGCAUUCUUGAGAGGUUGCUAAAGGUGAAGGCGAAGAGGCAAAUAAUGAAGCUUCCAAGAAACGGGGAUGUGCAGUAUACACACGCGAAUAUCAGCUAUGCACAGAGGGAGUUUGGGUAUGAGCCUACUACCGAUUUGCAGACAGGUUUAAAGAAAUUCGUUCGGUGGUACCUUAGUUACUAUGGCGAUGGAAAGAAGAGCGACCAGUGAUACAUACAUACAUAUAUACAUACAUACAUUCGUGCCAUUCUUCGUUGAUUGUGUGUGUGUGAAGGAGUGCUUCAAUUCUCACCAUGAAGAAACUUAUGUUUGCUGGGGGGGCAUCUCAUCUGUUUAUCAAAUGUCAAAUGGAACCAGGGACCAAGUUUUAGUACUCUGUGAGUGUAAGUGUUGUAGCUUAAUUCAUUGUACAAUUAUUUUUUUUUUACUCAGGCCAGUUGCUGAUUAAAACAUGUGUAAUCAUUGUCAAACUCAAAUAAAGAGGCAUAUUAUAUAGUACAAUAAUUUUCGGCUUUCA